AUGCGUCCUUCACGCAACAAAUCAACCGGUUCAUUUAGUAUCAAGACAUUGACUGAUUUCGGACGUCAUCUUUUUCUCUUCCCAUCAUUUUCACUUCUUCCUCGCUUUUCAUUUUUUUCUUUCUUUCUUUCUUUCUUUCUUUCUUUCUUUCUUUCUUUCUUUUGUGAUUUGCUUAUUUUGACUUCUACCUCACUUUUCAUCAGUUUGUCUAUUUGUUAUUCUUUCUUUCUUUCUUUCUUUCUUUCUUUCUUUCUUUCUUUCUUUCGUCAUUUUCUAUUUUUGUAUUUCUUUUUUUUUAGUUAUUUCACUUCUUCCUCGCUUUUAUUUCUUUCUCUCUAUCUGUUAUUCUUCUUGUCUUUAUAUCGUCAUUUUUCUUUCUUUUUUCUUUCUUUUUAUUUUUUAACUUCUUCCUCGCUUUUCUAUCUUUCUUUCUGUCAUUCUUUCUUUCUUUCAUUUCUUCCUAGCUUUUCUUUCUCUAUAUCUACCGUAUUUCUUUUGAAUUGGCUUACUUUUUGUCUUUCUUUCCCACAUGUUAGUAACUUUUAUUUCCUUCUACCUUUCUUCAUAAUUCUAAUGAUUUUUCAUUUGUUUUCAUUUCUCUUUGUCUUUUUCUUUUUGUCUCGCUUUUUCAUUCCGCCAUGUUCUUUCUCACAUUCUUUCACUAACGUUCAAUUUCUUCCGUCUUUUCUUUCUUUCACCCUUUAUUUCUUUUCCUUAAUUUUCUUUCAUUUUCUAUUUCUUUACUUCUUGCCUUCCUUCUCAUUUAAUUCUUAUGUCUCCUUAUUCUACUCUUGUGUUUUCUAUACGUUUUACAUUUACCUAUUCUUUCCUUCUUUCUUUCUUUGUAACCUGCCAAACAGUUGA